UCUUAGGCAUGUGAGAGGAUCAUUUAUGAGACAGAUAACAGUGGGAAAAAGCUGUUCCUGAUUUUUAGUGGUCCAUGCUUUAAGAUUUAUAUUUCUUCUGAUUAAUGAGAGAGGGGAGAAGAGAGAAUGACUGGGUGUGAUUGGUCUUUGAUUAUAUUGGCUCCUUUCCUGAGGCAGUUGGAAUUGUCGACGGACUCGUCGACGGGGGUUAGUUUGAGUGAUGAACUGGGCUAUAUUCACCACACCCUGCAAUUUAUUGCAGUCUUGUGCAGAGCAGUUGCCAUUGCAAGCUGUGCUGCAUGUGUAUAGGAUGCCUUCUAUGAUGAAUCUGUAAAACGUUGUAAGAGUCACUGGGGAUAUGCAGAAUUUCCUUAGCCUUCUGAGAAAGUAGAGACUGGUGUGUUUUUAUUAACCAUAGCGUCAAUGUGGUUGGACCAGGACAAAUUGUUGGUGAUGUCUGUACCCAGGAACUUGAGGCACUCGACCCUCUCCACCUCAACACCAUAGAUAAUGAUGGGGAGUGGCUGCAACUGAAUAUAGAUUUCAUAUCUUUAUAGAGGAGCAGGCAUAUACCAAUAUUUCUCUUUGGGAGUUUGCAAAAAAUUAAUUCAGAGGCAAAAGGAAUUCAAAUUGCAAUUUAGUUCUCAGUGACUGAAAAUGUUCUGCCUUUUUUUAUAUAUAACAUAACGUCUGGUUGUGUAAUGAGUCACUGACUGGCAAUGCCUUCUGCAUUCAACAAGUGCUUUACCAUUAAUUAUAUUCUGAAAUGAAAGCACAAUUUCUCUGUUGGUUCUCUGUCAUACAAGCCGUUUUUAUGCAACAACUUAAGAAAAAAAAAAUGAGAUUUUAAAUAAUCGUUAAUCACAGAACUGAAUAUUGCAAGUUAUUACAAAUGUCAUCUCUUAACUUUGAUAUAUUUUAGUUGUUAAACAUUCUGCAUAUUUAAUACCCGCUAAAAUGUCAACCGUGCGUUUACCCACUUUGGGAACAGUAUAAUGCGAUUACCACAUGGUUCCAUUUAGGAAGGUUCCGCAUUAGUCACACCUUCUCACUUUUAACUGGGUUUUUCAUACUUGAACUGAAACAGACCUCUUCCAAGUGUUAUCGGAAUAACUAAUACCAAAAAAGGGAGACAAGGGAGCUAUCAAUUAUGAGUGGACAUAAUGCCUGGAAAUCCUUCUUCCUGUUUGAAUCGGUCAAAUUAAUGAAGAAGUCACACUUCAUUUAAGUAAUGUGAACCAUUUUUCUCCAUAGUUUUGACUGUGCACAGCUGAGGGAUCACAUCUCUGGCCUGUCCCAGUUUCCUGUACCAGGAACUGACAGCGCUAUAAAGCUGUACGCCUGGUGCAGAAUUCACAGGGAUUGCAUUUGUCUGGAGGAUAAGACUGGCACCUUGCUGCUGGACCCCAAACAAUAGAUAUGGCGCUGAAGUCCUUUGAAUGCUGUUCCCUGCUCUUUUUCUUCUUCCUUCCAUUUUGCCUAUGUCAGGAAGAAUACUCGGAGGUGAGCGAGAACGUUAUUGCAAACUUGACAAUAGUAGUUGAAAACCAUGAAGCUUCCAGGUAUUUAAAGAGCGGAGAGACUGAAGCUGCAAACCACACAAGUGGGGUAAAUUCCAGACCAACCGCAGCUGGCAAGACAGAAAAAGUACAAAAAAAGCCGAAAAGAAAAAAAAUUGAAACUAAGGUGAUAGAACAGCCAACCUCUGUUAGCAUCCAGGAACAACAGGAGGUUGUGGAUAGGCCUCCUUCAGAAUGUAAUCACUGCUGUUAUCGGGGUGAGCCUGGUAAUCGGGGCUGGCCAGGUCCACCUGGUCUAUCUGGUAUUCCAGGAAACCAUGGAAACAAUGGAAAUAAUGGGCUCCCAGGACGUGAGGGGAUGAAAGGAGACCUUGGAAAUAAAGGCGGCAUGGGACCCCGAGGAGAACGUGGGGUUCAAGGAAUUAAAGGAAUGAAGGGACAAGCUGGAAUUCCUUCAGAACUCAAGGUUGCUUUUAUGGCUUCGAUGGCAACCCAUUUCACAAACCAGAACAGUGGUAUAAUUUUUAGCAGCGUGGAGACCAAUGUUGGGAGCUAUUUUGAUGUUAUGACCGGAAGAUAUGUCGGACCAAUAUAUUUUACAGGAGUUUAUUUCUUCAUUUUCAACAUGAUGAAGCAUGAAGAUGUUGAAGAGACGACGGUUUACUUAAUGCACAAUGGAAAUGCCAUCAUCACCAUGUUUAGUUCUGAAUCGAAAGGAAAACAUGAUACAGCAGGGAACAGUGGAGUUCUUAAGCUUGAUACAGGAGAUGAAGUGUGGCUGCGGAUGGGGAAUGGAGCACUGCAUGGGGACCAUCAAAGAUACUGCACGUUUUCUGGUUUCCUCCUCUUUGAGAGUAUCUAGCAACCACCAAUAAACAAGAGUGUCACUAUUGUAAAACAUGGUUACAAGUUGGGUAUGUCCAGAAACACGUCUAAUAUUGUGCAGUCUCUAAAUAAAAUAUUGAGAGUUGGGAGCUACAAUAUUUCAUCCCGAAUAAGACAUACCUGAAUUAAUAAUGACAGAUUAUUAAAACAUGGCAUGAAUAAAAUGUACUCUAUGUAGAAAUUUUAAGUAAGGACAAAUAGCAUUUGUCCAUUUAACUACUGCAUACCAAGAUAUGUUGAGAACAUUGAUUAUUUCAGGGGCAACAUUAAAAGAAGAACUGAAGCAUUAUAAUGCAGUUUAAUUAACAUGUGAUAAGUACACAUACUGGUGGCAUUCCAGUGUUGAUUGAUUUGUACAUCUUUUAUGAUAGGAAUUGUACAGUGGUAGCAAAUAAAUCUAUAUCCAAGAUGCCAUUGGGUUUUGAUUAAUUAUGAGUUAUGUUACUAUCAUUCUCAUUCCUUUGUUAUAUUCUUUAUCUUCUAUUGAGACACAAUUAAAACAAAUAAAGUUAAUU